GUGGAGGUGAACGGAGGUGCGCCGCUGAGGCCCGGCUGGACGCUGCCGCUGCAGCGGCUGUCGGCGCUGCUGAAGCGCCGCAAUAAGCGCACGGAGGGGGGGUGGAAGUUAAACCCCCGGCAGCUGCAGGUGCGGCUAGAGGAGCUGCUGGAGGGAGAUGCGCUGUACGGCAUCCCACCCAGCUCGCCCGCAGCGGCGGCACUUGCAGCGGAGGCAGCAGCGGCGGCGGCGGCAGCAGCGGCACUAGCCUCCUCCAUGCAACAACAGCAACAGCACCCGCACCACCACCCGCACCCGCAGCAGCUUCCUUCGGGCAGCCGCGCGGGUCGCACCAUGCAACACCCCCAGCACCCCCCGCACCUCCCUGCCGGCUCCUCCUCCUCCUCCCUGCUGGUGCAGCAGCAGCGGCUGGCUGCCGGGCAGGGGCUGCCGGGGCUGCUGGGGCUGCUGGGUGGGGGGGGUGCGGGGGGCUCCCCGGUGGAUGCGUUCCUGCGGGACCUGGGGGCCACACCUGCGCAGGUGCUGGAGGUGCUGGAGCUGCCGGACAUUGACGCCAACAUCGGCUUCUGCGCCGAGUGCGGACUCAUGGGCGGACUGGUGGCGUGCGACACGUGUGUGGACUCGUUCUGCUGCGGCUGCCUGGGCGGAGUGGACCCUGAGGAGUUGCCGGAUAGCUGGAAGUGCAGGUACUGUGAGCAAGUGCGGCUCACGGAUGUGCCGCUCCGCACUGCACCCAGCACCAUCACCGUGAAAACGGAGAAGAAGAAGCCCGCAGCCGCAACCGGACCUGCUGCUGCUGCUGCCGCUGCUGCUGCCCCCAAGCCCCCCAAGGGGCACAAGUUGCCCCCGCCUGCUGCCGCCGGGCCCAGCAACCGGCGACAGUCGGCUCCCGCUUCCGUUGCUGCUGCUGCGGCGGCGGCGGCGGCGGCGGCUCCCUCGGGUGUUGGAAAGGGCGGCGACGGCGGCAGCGGCGAGUCUCUGGCGGGCGGCAAGCGCAUUCGCAAGCAGGAAGUGCCGCUGCGCAAUCAGACCAGACGGCUGACGCUGGCGGGUGUGCCGGCGGCUCGCGGAGAGACAGCAGCGGCGGCGGCGGCAGCGGGAACGGCAGCGGGGGCAGGUGGUGAAGUGGAUGGUUGGCGCAAGGAAACCAAGGCGGCGCAGGCGUUGAAUGCAGAGAGAAAGGGCAUGCCGGGGGGUGCAGGCGAGG